GUCUCCCCCUUCCGCGCGGCGCCGGCUCCCAAAACCCGGCAAGUGGAGUCUGCGCUCCCCCGCCGCUGCAACCGGAGUGCGGCCCGGCCGUCCGGGUCGGCAGGAAGCCCGGCCCUGCGCUGGAGGAGGAGCGGGCCCGUGCGGAGCGGCCGGCCUGGGCCUGCGCGUUUCUUCAACAGUAUAUUGAAGGAUGUUUGUCCCAAGAUCUCUGAAAAUCAAAAGAAAUGCUAAUGAUGACGGCAGAAGUUGUGGGGCUAAGAAGGUUAAACCAGAAGCAGAAGACCUUCCCUUGGAUGAAGGCAGAGAGGACCCAGUUGAUGCAGUAGUGGCAGCAGCAGACGGGCCCCGCACCACCCCUUGCCCCUUUCCUGGUCCAGCUGGCCCAGUGGCAGAGGUUGGUGUGGUUGGACCUGAGCAGGGCGCGGAGGACAGCGGUCUCGCCGAAGAGCCUGUUAAGUCGUUUUCCAAAACCCAGCGCUGGGCAGAACCCGGGGAGCCUGUCUGUGUUGUCUGCGGUCGGUACGGAGAGUACAUCUGUGAUAAGACAGAUGAAGACGUGUGUAGCUUGGAGUGCAAGGCGAAACAUCUUCUGCGAGUUCAGGAAGAGGAAGAGAAAUUAAAACUCAGCAGCCCACAGAAAGCCGAUUCUGAGCCCGAGUCUCCCCUUUGUGCUGUUUAUGUCUACAGAGAGCACCCCUUCAUUGCGAAUCUGCAGGAGGACCAGGUUGAAAAUCUGAAGCGGCAGCUGGGAAUUUUGGUUCAAGGGCGGGAUGUCCCCAGGCCCAUUAUUGACUUUGAGCACUGUGGUUUCCCUGAGGCCUUAAAUCACAACCUGAAGACGUCAGGCUAUGAAGUGCCGACCCCCAUCCAGAUGCAGAUGAUCCCGGUGGGGCUGCUGGGCAGGGACGUCCUGGCCAGUGCGGACACUGGCUCCGGAAAAACAGCCGCCUUCCUUCUUCCUGUCGUCAUCCGAGCUCUAUCGGAGAGCAAAACUCCGUCUGCGCUCAUUCUGACACCGACAAGAGAGUUAGCCGUUCAGAUAGAGAGACAAGCUAAGGAGCUGAUGAGUGGCCUGCCCCGCAUGAAGACCGUGCUGCUGGUCGGGGGCCUGCCCCUGCCCCCCCAGCUCCACCGUCUGCGACAGCUCGUCAAGGUUAUCAUAGCAACUCCAGGGCGACUGCUGGAUAUAAUCAAACAGAACUCUGUAGAACUCCGUGGUAUAAAAAUUGUCGUAGUAGAUGAAGCUGAUACCAUGUUAAAGAUGGGCUUUCAGCAGCAAGUGCUUGACAUUUUAGAAAACGUGCCUCAUGAUUGUCAGACCAUUUUGGUUUCAGCUACUAUUCCAGCCAGCAUAGAACAGCUAGCAGGCCAGCUUCUGCAUAAUCCUGUGCGAGUCAUCACUGGAGAAAAGAACCUGCCUUGUUCCACUGUGCGUCAGAUUGUUUUGUGGGUAGAGGAACCAGCCAAAAAGAAAAAAUUAUUUGAAAUCUUAAAUGAUAAGAAACUCUUUAAGCCUCCGGUGUUAGUGUUUGUGGACUGCAAACUAGGAGCAGAUCUGUUGAGCGAGGCGGUUCAGAAAGUCACAGGUCUGAAAAGCAUAUCUAUACAUUCGGAGAAAUCACAGAUGGAAAGGAAAAACAUAUUGAAGGGGUUGCUUGAGGGAGACUAUGAAGUAGUCGUGAGCACAGGAGUCCUGGGACGAGGCCUGGACUUGAUCAGCGUGAAGCUGGUUGUCAAUUUCGAUAUGCCUUCCAGCAUGGAUGAGUAUGUGCAUCAGGUUGGAAGAGUGGGGAGAUUAGGUCAAAAUGGAACAGCAAUUACUUUCAUCAAUAACAAUUCAAAAAGACUCUUCUGGGAUAUUGCAAAAAGAGUAAAACCCACAGGAUCCAUUCUUCCACCCCAGUUAUUAAAUUCCCCUUACCUUCAUGACCAGAAGAGAAAGGAACAGCAGAAAGAUAAACAGACGCAGAACGACCUGGUGACAGGGGCUAAUCUGAUGGACAUUAUUAGAAAACAUGAUAAAAGUAAUUCUCAAAAAUGAUUUGCUAUACCACUUUGAAUCAUUUUUUUAUUGUGUAUUGUCAGUGAAGUUUCUGUAUAUUAUUACUGUAUAGUUUGAGUAAUUGGGACAUGUACAUGAAACAAAAAUUUAACAUGAUUUAAAAUUUUUUAAUAGAAUAUCAAAUUUAUACAGCAAUAUUGUAUUUAUUUCCCUUUUUAAUUCUUAUAAAUUAAAGCAACAUCAGAAAAUGAA